CUAAACUAAUCAUAUGAGAAAAUGUGCCUAGAAACAAGACACAGACAAACUGCACAAAAACAGGACUGUUGUGGAUUAUGAAUCAACUUUGAAGACUGAAGCAGUGCAUUCAUCACUGUAAGGUCUUUCUGUCUCAAUCUGAUCUGACUGGCUUUUGCAUAUAUUUUGAUAUAAGUCAAGACAAGUUUGGAACGACAAGAGGCUCUACCGGGCUGGCUGGGCGCACCGGUGACCUUAUCGAUUUCAACAGACGGUCUGGCGGGUGCGAGAUCCAGAGGUGAACGUCGCAUCCAGGUUAGAAAGAGAAAGUCUGAUCCAUUUUGUGAGUGAUGUGAGAGUUAACUCAAACAUGCACCAACAUAUGCAAGUGCCACCCUUGGAAGGAAGAACUCGCUGUAAUUAUGUAAAUCUGCCUAUGAUUAACGGAGACAGACUAAAGACAGCUAAGACUCUAGUGGACAAGGCAAUAAAGGAAAAGAAAGUGUUCUCUGUGCAUGGUCCAUAUCCUGUAAUUCGUGCAGGCCUACGUGCAAGAGGAUGGGUGGAGCGGCGACUACCACGGCCCUCUGUUCCACGGCCCCGUCGACAUGAUCUUGAAACAGAAGCCACAGAUGAGGGUGACAGCAGUGAUGAUGAUGACUUAGGAGAGGAGGGAGACAGGGAAGAAGAAGCAGAUGAUCUGUACAACCUAAUGUCACGGUUGGUUCGCAAUGAGACGCCAUAUUUCUACUGGACAACAAGGAGGGAUUCGAUUGACUGUCGGUCUUUACGUAAAGACCAGAUGACCAAUCAUUACGCAAGGGCGGGAUCUUUUACCACCAAGGUUGGUUUGUGUAUGAGUUUGCGAAAUCUCCAGUGGUUUGAUGCAGCAGAUCCUGAUACAUUCUUCCCACGCUGCUACAGACUGGGGGCGGAGGAUGAUAAACAUGCUUUUAUUGAGGACUUUAGACGGACUGCAUGCACAAGUCUACUCUUGUAUGUUUUGGAGAAGUAUGGAGGGGAUUUAGAGUGGGAGAGAACUGGAGAGGUGCAUAAUGCUAAAUCUCAUGGUCUGAGCAAGUCACGUAAACAGCAUGCCAAUCAGAGGGUUGGAACUUCUAUAAUUGACAAUGCAUUGCAUGUAUGUCAGGAGUAUCUAAACAGUUUAGAACACUGUGACAUAGACAGCACUUUGGGAACAACCCCUACCCUCUCAGAGCAACAGUGGAAGGUGUUUCUCCAGAAUUAUUAUUUAGUUAUUCAUGAAGGACUGACAAUAGAGGGCUGUGAAGAUUAUGUGGAGCGUUGUAAAUGCAUGCUGGAGCAGAUGCGUCAUGUUUGCCCUCAGAUGGAGACUGAUGGACUCUGCAACAUCUGGAUCAUUAAACCUGGGGCCAAGUCACGAGGCAGAGGUAUAAUGUGCAUGAACAAGCUGGAUGAGAUAUUGAGUUUAGUUGAUGGAGACCAUGGCAUCAUGAAGGACAGUAAGUGGGUGGUGCAGAAGUACUUGGAGUGGCCUCUCCUCGUGCAUGACACUAAGUUUGAUGUAAGACAGUGGUUCCUGGUCACAGACUGGAACCCUCUUACCGUGUGGUUCUACCGUGAGUGCUACCUCCGCUUUUCUACCCAGCCUUACUCCACUCAUACAUUGGACAGUUCUGUACAUCUUUGCAACAACUCCAUCCAGAAGCAUUUUCAACCAAGCCCAGAUCGCAAUCCUUCUCUGCCCGCUGAGUGCAUGUGGUCAUGUUCACAGUUCCGCUCCUGGUUGGCUGCUUCAGGCCGAGGUGAUCUGUGGGAGGGGGUGGUGGUUCCAGGUAUGCAGAAGGCCGUUAUCCAAACUCUCAUGACUGCACAGGACAGUGUGGAACCCCGCAAAGCCAGUUUUGAGCUCUACGGAGCUGAUUUUAUGCUGGGACGGGAUUUGCGACCUUGGCUUUUGGAGAUCAAUGCCAGCCCCACCAUGGCACCCUCCACAGGAGUCACAGCUCAACUCUGCCCUGCUGUACAGGAAGAUACUUUGCGGGUGGUGCUGGAUCGACGCUAUGACCGCAACACUCACACUGGCGGCUUCCAACUUAUAUACAAACAGGCAGCAGUAGAAGUUCCUCAGUAUGUAGGAGUGAAUCUUCUUGUAGAGGGGACUUCAAUCAGGCGCCCUCGAGCCCCUGUUUACAAGCCUUUCAUUCAGUCUCACCCUGAUCCGCUAUCAAAAUCCAGCACCCGUAAGUCUUCACUCACAAGCAGCCAUUGCAUUUCUGGUAAGGAGAAUCAAUUAGAAGAGGUAAAGAAGGCCUGGCCUACCCUCGCCUCCCGCAAAGUCACGCUGGAGAAAUCUUUGAUCUUUCAACCUAAACUGAGGAAACGUCCCCACAGACUCGUCUUGCCCUCAACCUGCUGUGUCCUUCCCAACCCAGCAGAACUUCAUCCCCAAAAACUCUCACACACUCACGCUCAGCCCGAUCACCCCCCCCACACACAGGACACGCAGCAACCUACCUUCCCUUUACCGUCCAACGCCAUCACUGGACAUAAUAAAUCUACGACCCGGACAAACACUGACCUCCAAGCAUGAAAUACACACAGUCAAUAUAUCUUAUCCAGUCCUACGCAUGCAGAAAUACCUGUCGCUAAACCAUAGACAGGCCAUGGACACUUUUACAGAGAGAGAAGGGCCGAAGUCAUCCUGAGGAAUCUUUGGGAAAUUAAUAUGACUUGAAAGGAAUGAAUACAUUUUAGAUUGCAUCAGUUGUAUCGUGAGUUUAUCUUUCAAUACAAUGUAUUCAAAACCAAUAUACUUUAUCAAUCUACUGUCAGAAAUAAGAAAGAGAACAGCAUAUAUUAGUUCCAGAAUUCCAGAACCUUUUUCCUGAGCACAGUCAUUUCUUUUUAAAUCUGUCAGCAUUUAAAAAUUGAAAGAUCUUAUGCAAAAUACAGGUCCCUUCCAUAAAAUGGAAACAUAACCUUGGCCAGGGCAUGUUAUGGUCCAAAAAAGAUCAAAAUGCACCAUAAACAUUGUGCAUUUGACCAUACAACAGCUUUUAGAUGUUGGCUUUUUGGGUAAUUUAUCCCUUUAAGAUUGUUUUACAACCAAAAACACAUAAUGCAUAAAUAAAUGCCAAGUUCUGUAUUACAUUGAUAUGGGAAACUUGACUAUAGCAUUUAAGCUUAAUGGUGCUGAAUUUUGUGUUCUCUAGAAACAAUCAGGAAGUUUCCUUAUGAGCUGUUCAUUGACAGUAUUACUUAUUGAAAACACUAGUGUCAUUCUUAAGAUCAUAACAUUUUUAUGCAAUUUGAAUUACGCUGAAAAUAAUUUUUUAUAUAACUAAUUUUGCACUAUUAUGAUUGUGAGCUUUUAACCAAACUCACCACUAGAUGGAGGUAGCAUUCAUUCUUUUAAUCUCCCUAAUUUAAUUGUCAGUGCUUAUCAUGUGGGUAUAAAUAAUGUAGUAUCAUUACAUGCUAAAUCCACCUUGAUGAUUUAUUAUAUGUGUUAAUAGAGUAUGGUAUGUCAACAUGUCAAAAGGACAGAGUUUUAGGGACAUUUUUGUAUUUUUUGCAUAAACUUGAUCACCCUGAUCAUCUACAAUAAAAGGGAGCACUUG